GUUUUCGGUUCUUCUUAUUGCGUUUAAGAUUCAUCAAACAAGAUGAAGAUCAAUUGAAUAUUGACUUUCAUGAUUGAAUAGGAGAAAGCACAAGGCUUGAAAUAGUCGCGUUUUCCUCCAUAUAUAUUGAUGAUACUGUUAAAACUAUUAUAGAUACUGUCUGAUAGAACAGUGCUGACGAGUCUGCGUGUUGUCGUGUUCAGAUCGAAUGAUAUACGAGGACUAUUAAAAAGUGAGAUCGAUGCUGUUGAGUUGUGUGAAACGUGCUGUAUCAUGAAAAGUAGAUUGAACGUCUGUCGUGGAUUCCUUACAACAGUGGAAGCUGAAGAACUCUCAGAAGAAAUUAAAAUUGAACACCACCAGUCCCAGUUUAAGUACUGAGAAGAACAGUUUAAGACUGCUGAGAAGAACAGUUUUUUUUUUUGAGUUCUCAGUACAGCAGAAGUAGACUUCUGAGCGGACUAGUACUUCUGAGUGGACGGCAGAGGUGGACGUCUGAUUGGGUUUACUACUACUCCUACCGCUAUUACUACUAGUAGUACUGGAUACCACCGCAACAACUAAGUACAUGAAGAUGUUUUACCAGAAAAAGUGAAACAAAUAGUCGUAGUCGUAAAAUAUAGUAGACUUUAUUUUAAGCAGCGAAGAAAUAUCUAUGGGCAACAUCUUCAGUUCUUCAAAGAGUACAACAGCACUGUAGUGCCGCUCACAAUAGCUGCAAUAGGAGUUGUGCUGUGGCGAGGUCUCCAUUUGAUACAAGCAAUAUGACAGAGUUUGAAAAGUUGGACUAAAAAUUAUAGCAGUGGUCAUCAUUCAUGAUUUUUGCAGAUGGAAAAUUAUUGGUCUUGCUGUAGAUCUAGAUGCAGUCCUUCUUCAAGAGGUUGCGUUAGAAGCAGGUAGAUUCCUGUGAUACUUGAUAAGCUAAGUCGUGUAAGUUAGUCAGUCCCAAUCAUUGAUACCCCCCGAAUGGGUACACUACUAAACGCGCAGUGCGGAGGCGGGAGCCUCUCUACAUCUAAACCUGAAUGUAUCGUACACGAGGUUCACGCUGUUAUUCGACCACUCUGUCUGACCCGCGAAUGGGUGCAACAGCUACUCCGUGAAAGAGUGGGUACAUGAAGACUACUACCAUUGCGCCGCUGCUAGUAUUUAGAGGGUUAGUAGUACAGCACUACCUCCAUUACUAGUACGGCGGGGGUUACUACUAGUUGUACUGGGGAGGACGGAGGUCACCACGCUAAUUUACCAUUACUAGUACUUCGGGGGUUACAACACUACUUCCAUAGUACUACGGCACUGAGUGGCCAGAUACAUCGAUCAUGAGUAUUUAGUUAAAAAUUAUGCACCAAGGACUACCUCUACGACCCUUUCGUCUCGUUUGGUUCUUCAAGAAGAGUAAUGUAAAUUUGUAAAAUCAAAUAACGUCGCUGGGUAUAUCAUCAUCAAAUAAGGUCGCGUCAUGUUGUUAGUGUCAUAACGAUUAUAGACUUGUGAAAAGUCCCGGCACUGCUGUGAACUACUACUUCUAGAUCUCAUCUUGGCGUGGUGCUAGAAGUGAUGGAUAAUCUCGUAAGUAGAAAAAUAGAGAAAUAUUCCAGUUAGAGAACAGGCAAUGGUAAAGAUGAAGAUGUGCGCGGUCCUUCAGAGGCGGCGAUCGGUCUAGCGUAACAUAGAAAGUAGGUGUCAGGGUAGCGCCACCAGCUCGAGAUUUAGUAUUGUCUUUUUGGCUCUUCAGUAGCCAAUGAAGUCUGCUAGUUUUUCUGGCGGGCCCACACCUAACCCAAGUAACCUAAUUCCUUGGGGUGACACAAGAGGGGAGUUUCUCGAGUGAGCAGGCCGGAGACAGCAUCAAUUGGCGACACGGUCUUUCAGCGACUCACAAGGCCGGCAGCCGGUAAGGCUGUUUUUCGUCGGCUUUAGGCGCGCAUCACCACUUGAUUGAUUGAUAGGCGAGGACAACGCUCUGCGGAACAUGUAGCGCUCUCUUAGGCUUAGGCAUCCCCUUGACGUGGUGCUAGACAUUAUAGAUGCAGGCUCACCAUUCUAGAUACAGGCUCAUCAUUAUAGAUGCAGCAAGUUUGAGUUGGUUUAUAGAGGCAUCACGUAGCUGGUGGUAAAGUUUCUCUUCUUUCUUUGUGGCUACAUUCUUUUUUAGUCUUCCACUUGUCUGCUGCUUGUGAAACGUACCGCGCCCCAAUUGGUGGCCAGAAAUAUCCCGCCUGCCGCCGGUUUGCGAGCUGGAAAAUGCUGAGGCCGCUCUUUCAGUAGCCCCGGGCUACAAAAAAAAAAGAAACUUCUCCUGAAGUCUCCAAAUCCAAAUCCAAACUACCCGUCUUUUCCAGGAGUGGGCUCUUGGAUCAGAUAUUUUCAUCAUCAUUUCAUUCAUCAUGAUAAACUGCGGAAGCAAGGUGGAUCAUUUCCUAUCCUAUCCUAUCCUGAACGAAUCUAACGAUUUCUUCAGCCGAUCCACAGCGUCGGCUUGUUAGACCUACCCUCCCAGGGUUGUCAUCUUUGCAGACGCUGCGUCAUUCUAUAGUAGGCUACUGAAUUGAGUCAUCGUUGCAGACGCAGCACCCUUGUAGGAGAUUCUUAUCAAUAGGAAGGAGGUAAACUACUGCUAAUUGACUAAUUCUUCUACACACGUGUGCGUCGAUAGGGUCGCGCGCGAGCAUAAUCAUGAUAAUAGUAAUAUAUGAUAAUGAUACCGAUAGAGUACACUACUAAUAUAGGGUUUUCUUGAUUUUCUUGUUUGUUGUAGAAGAAUCAGAAGCGCACACAUGGCAUUCUCAUGAGCAGGUCACACAUGUAUUCGUGCAGGUUUUCCCUGUCGAGGCGGAUGACUUCGCGUACGAAGUUGUUGCGGAUCAAUAGUAUUAGUAGGCACAACUACCAUAGUCGGCAACAGUGGCACAUAGACAACAAUUUUUGAAUAUUUUUAUUUUGCUCAACAAUGAAUAGGAGACACAAUUUGCAGUUGUAAGAAGGAAAGAAGCUCGUUGUAAACUCUGUUGUCGCUACCUACCACAACAGGAAGUACUGGUGUCGCUACCACAGCAGAGUCCUAGAAAGUGUUACCUCUAAUUAAAAGAUCUUACACCCCACGAGUGGGUACAUCUAUCUAUCUAUUAGUCGAGGAUGAGACUCAAAAAGACGAUCCGAAGCAUGCUUCAUCGCACUGAUUCGGAGUGAUUGUGAAUUUUUUGUGUUGAUCGCGGUCGCCGAUAUUUUUUCUAAAGGGGCAGUAGGGCAGAAUAUGGUUAGUAGUAAGUAUCUAUGUAUAAUUAACUGAUUAUUAGUAGUAAGUAUCUAUAAUGAUUAUGGAGUCCUGCUCCAGAAAAAUGAGCAACUACUUCAUGUUUUUCUGUUGAGACAUUUUUUCUUCAUGGGUACACUCAUUCACUCAUUCUUGUGGACGAGAAAGCCCGGUGAUUGAAGGGCGCUCCAAAUGAGCAGAUCUGAUGAGAAGGCAUGAUGAAAAACGCAGAGCAGGAAAAAAAGGAGAAAAAAAGGAGAAGACCUAGAUGCAUAACAAUUAAACUUACCUCUUGCCAGGCACAUCAAUCACUCUAGUGCUAUAAAGGGAGUCCGAGAUUGAUAAAAGAAAGUAGAGUGAGUCUGCUCUCUUUUACUCUCUCCACCUCCCCCUGCUAUGAUGUUGCGUUACUGCGUUCUUGAGUUUUACGUCGUGG